AUGACAAAGCGGAAAAUCAGGUCUGGCAGGCUGAAGCCGAAGAUCUCGCAAGGACGAUCAGAACGUGGGCCACCCGUGUCCACGAAAUCGGGCUGGCUGAGUUGCAGGGUGGCCAACGAUGAGUGGCAGACUUCCCUGCAAGCUUGGCGGGCCGCAGCGCCGCAUUUUGCCAGCUACAAGAAGAAGACGGUCUGGAUGCCCUUCUAUUACGAUGGUGCCUGCGCAGAUCAUUUGCGUGCGCUGGGCUUUGUGAACGUCAUCCACAAGAAGGAGGACUUCUUUGAGCGCGUGCUGGACGAGAGUUUCAUGCGGCGUGUGGAUUUGAUUUGGGACAACCCGCCUUACACGGCACCUGAGAUGAAGGAGAAAGUGCUGCGGGCGCUGGCACAGUGUGGGAAGCCCUUCGCCAUGCUGCUCCCCAUCUCUGUGCUCCAUGUAGGGUUUGUGAGGGAGAUCUUGGAUAUGCAACGAGUGCAGGCCAUAAUCCCUCGCCGAGUCCACGUGCGGAAGACCGGACAGGAGCUGCUGCCAUUCAAGUACCUCUGCUGGUUCUGCUUCCGCACCCAACUCCCUCGAGACCUCAUCUUUCUGGAUGACGCAGUCGAGGCCACGACGGAGUUACCGUCGCAGCUACAAGCGCCGCCGCUUGUGCGCAAAGAGCGCAAGGACAUGGCAAAGGCUGAUCUGGCAAAGCAGGCCUUUCUUCAGCUCCUUGAGGCAGAGACGCGUCUGGAGGCGGCGCAGGCCUCCCAUGAGGUUGAGGCGGCGCAGCAGGAGCUACAGCAGCGCGCUCGUGCGCUGCAGAUCAUGACUCCUCAGCUGCAGAAGGUCGCCGUUGAGGCCCAGGCGGUCUUGGUGGACCAGCGAUCCGAUCUCGGUGAGCAGGAGCCGCCGCUGUUGGGGAGCUUGGAGCGUGUGGUGGCGCUGCGCCAGCACCUCGCGGCCCUGGCGGCGCAGCAGGAGUCGCUCAAGGCCGAUCUGCUCAAGGAGGAGGCGACCGCAUCUGACUUGGUGGGUGAGGCGCAAAGGGUGGCGGAGCAGGCACAGAAAGAGGAGCGCCGCGCACAGGAUCUGGUGGCCAAGGCAAAGGAGAUAGUGUCGAAGAAGCGACAGGAGGAAGCAACAGAAAGGGCUCGGCGCGAGGCAGAAGCAAAGGCGAGGAAGGAAGCUGAGGAGAAGGCGAGGAAGGAAGCGGAGGAGAAGGCGAGGAAGGAAGCCGAGGAGAAGGCGAGGAAGGAUUCCGAGGAGAAGGCGAGCAAGGAAGCUGAGGAGAAGGCAAGGAAGGUAAAGGCGAGGAAGGAGGAGAAGGCGAGGAAGGAAGCCGAGGAGAAGGCGUGGAAGGAAGCUGAGGAGCAAGCAAGGAAGGAAGCGGAGGAAAAAGCAGAGAAAAAUACAGAGGAGAAGGCCAUGAAGGCUGAAGCGGAGGAAAGCACGGAGAAGGAAGCGGAAGAGAAGGCCAAGACGAAUGCAGAACAGACAUCCGGGACAUCCGAGAAGGCUGCGGACAUGGCCGAGAAGAAAGUGGAGAAGGCCAAGAAGGAAGGAGAGGAGAGAGCCAAGCUGGCUGAAGCGCAGGCCACGCGUGCAGAACGGAAAGCCGAGAAGGCCGGGGAGGCCAACAAGACAGGACAAGAGGCUGAGAAGGUGGAAGCAAAGCUGCUACCAGCCAAGAGGAAGGCAGAGAACGAAGGGGUCCUUAAGCCCCCGGUCCCAGACCCUGCACAGCGCCUGGUGGUGAAGUCGGAUGCUUGCCCCACCGUCAGCGGCGAGUACCGCCAGAUUGAGGGUGGCUGGAGCGGGUUCCGAGCCUUCCGCAAGAACGCGGAAACUGUGUGGCUGGUGUGGACCCCUCAUGCGGGCGGACACUGGAUCUUCACCUCUGAGCUGGGCUCCAAAGACGUGCUGGCACGGAGCCGGCAGGUCUCCUGGACCGCCGGCCCAGAGGACCUCAUGUGCCGCAGCUGGACCACCGCUGCCUGGGGCGCGACAGGCGGCCAAUGCACGGUCUACAUCAUCAGGGCUUGA